AUGGCGACCAGAAAGGCUACCUUGGCUGAGAAGCUCUUCAACGAGGACGGGGAGGGCCCCGACAUAGUUCAGGAGCCACCCGAAUUCGGACAGGGUCAAGAUGACCUGAUCCCUUUGUGCCAAGAGAAGGGUUUUGUCUUGGGACAGGACCAGGAGGUCGUCCAGAUAAUGAUACAAACGGAUCUUCUUCAGCCUGAUAAGAGCUACCAGUGCCAAGAGAACUUUGGUCACCCUCAGGAAAAGCCGGAGUGGAGGCUUGAGGCUGGGAAGGACCUGGAUCCUCUAGGAUCUCCAAGAUUGGAGAAACAGACCCGUCAGUGUUGCAGCGGUCGGAAGGCGGCAGGAACAGGGCCCCAUCGGGCCCCCCCCGCAAAGCGUGUGGCGGCGGCGGCUACAGGGGUCAUUGAGGGCCCGGCAGGGGGGACCAGAAGCACCCUAGGACAGAGUGGGGGACGGCCGGGGGGCUCAGGUGCGGCGGCCGUGCCCGCCCGACGUGUGGAGCAGGUGGAGACGGGCCCGGUGAGCAGGCCUCGGCGAGAGGGAUCCCAGGUUACGGUGGCUAGCCCCUCAACUGCUACGGCUAGCCACUUGCAGGAGGCCCAGACGGCGAGGGGGAGAAGGCAAGAGGAAGACCGCAGCAGAGUUACGCCUGGCAGGAAAGCGCCGGCAAAAUCCGCUAACGGGUCCAGGGCCCGCAGGGAGAGCGAAUCCGGCCCUGGGCCUUCGGCCGCCGGGACCGAGCUGCCCGGGGGGUCAUCAUCGGGGGAAGAGGGGUUGUGCGAGGACCAGUCGGAUGGGGAGCUGUCCGGUUCGGAGGAGGAGGUCGUGCCCAGGACGGUGCCUACAGCGAGGGAGUCCAGACGAUCGGCUGAUGGGAUUGCUUCCACGCAGCCCGGUACUGGACCUUUGUUGGUCUGGAUUUUGGGCCACUCUUACGUGGUUCGGGGGGGAAAAACGGGCGGAGGCGCGCCCGACCGGUCGGCAACUGGGGAUUUCGAGACAGGAGGCGAGGGUACGGUGGUUGGGGGUCCCCGGGAUGUUAUGGAGCAGAGUUGUGCCGGAGGUACACAAAUGGGCACGUUUGGACAGACCUCCGGAUGUGCUAGUGAUUCAUGCUGGGGGCAAUGAUCUUGGGGUGAGAUCUAUGCUGGAGAUAGCGCGGGAUAUUAAAUUCGAUUUUCAGCGGCUCCGGUUGUCUUUCCCGGAGACGGUAGUGGUGUGGUCGGACAUGGUGGCUAGGACAUCGUGGAGGAUGGCGAGGUCGGUAGACGCGGUGAAUCGUGCGCGCAGGAAGCUGAACAGGAAUGUGGGGCGUUUUGUGCUAAGGAACGGGGGGCUGGUGGUUCGGCACCCGGAAUUGGAGGUUGACCCUUGGCGUUACCUCAGGAGUGAUGGUGUUCACCUCACGGACGUGGGGAUUGACAUGUGGGCUUUGCGCCUAGAGGAGGGGGUACAACAAGCAAUGAGGGUGUGGAGG